GGCCCCGAUUUUGCCCUCAGCCAAUCAGAGCGCGUCCAAAACUCCCCAAAAAGGCCCUGCCCGGCUGGUUUUGGGGUGUCAGCACCUGCCCGGCGCUGGGGAUGGAGCGUGUGUGGGGAGCUGGGGCCGUACUGGUGGUACUGGUGGUGCUGGGAGCCCCCCCGGCUGCGGGCGAGGAACUCUCGAGGGUGUUCCAGGAGAUGGCAAAGGCCGAGUGUCACUUCAUCAACGGCACCGAGCAGGUGAGGUUGGUGGAGAGGCACAUCUACAACCGGCAGCAGUUCGUGCACUUCGACAGCGAUGUGGGGGUCUAUGUGGGGGACACCCCGUAUGGGGAGAAGACGGCCAGGUACUGGAACAGCCAACAGGACUUGCUGGAGGACAGACGGGCUGCGGUGGACUGGUUCUGCCGGAAAUGCUACCAGAUCGCCACCCCGUUCCUUGUGAACCGCAGAGUGAUGCCACAGGACACCGUCCAUACCAAGAUCCUGGUGGGGGUCGGGGCCUUCGUGUUGGGUUUCGUCUUCCUGGCGCUGGGACUCGGCUUCUACCUGCGGGAGAAG